AUGACUAUCAAUAAGUGCCAGGGCCAGAGUAUGAGUCAUGUGUCAUUGGUACUGAAGGACCAGGUAUUUGCUCACAAACAAUUAUACGUGGGCGGUGAAGCCGUCAUGACAGAAGUUACAUUGGAAUUUGGGAGUAACCUGCAUGUCAACUGCCACCAGUUUGAGUUAGAAAUGAAACCAAAUUGGAAUUAA